AUGAACUCUGCACCAACACAAAACGGGCGGGGAGCCAGCCGGCGGGCUCCCUCGCACGCCUCUGGGGACCCAAAUGCGGCCCCUCGGAAUACACAUCGGAGUGUGGGAUAUGGGGACUAUUCUGUACAAGGCAAUAUUCCACCGUUGCAGUACAGUUCUACGUCGGGUCUCACCUCGAAUUUUGGGGCUCAGAUUCCACCGACCACUCAAACGCCACAGGCCUAUCCACCUCAGGGCGCUCCUGCCAUGCAACAGCUCCAACCACAAAUGCCUUUGGGACAAGGCCAACAACAAUUUGGCGCUCUUAAUACCUUGCCGCCAGACCUAAUGGCCAUGGAUCAAACUUUCCUCCAAAUGGCACAGAAUAUGCCCUGGAUGUAUCCGGGCCUUGAUAGCGGGAUGCCAUUGCCAUUCCCACCACCAUUCCCUCUCCUCCCUUUCGAUAUGAAUGCCCCACUACCCUCCCAAAACACCCGGCCCAUGAGCACAAUGGCUGGCGGCGCAGGACAACGGCUCGCAUCCGCGCCCCAACGACAACGAUCGCCAACACCGCCAGUCAAAGUCCCACUUCCAACACUGCAAUACCUAAAUCAAGCCUCACUGAAACCGGAGAAGACCGAAAAGCGGCCACUUCUCGUUAUACUAGAUCUAAAUGGCACCCUAAUCUACCGCAAACUUCGCAAAUUCCCGCCGAAAUUCGCUAGACGCACCGGUCUAGAUCACUUCCUAGCCAUGCUAGUCAAAGACUACAAAGUCAUGAUCUGGUCCAGCUCCCAACCGCAGACUGUAAAUGCCGUCUGCGAGCAGAUCUUCCCAGGUCCUAUGCACGACGCCCUCGUCGCCCGCUGGGGACGCGACAAGUUCGGCCUCACCUCCGGCCAAUACAACAAAAAGCUACAGGUCUACAAGGAGCUGCACAAAGUCUGGGCGGUGACCGAUAUCCAGGGCGCAUUCCCAGGCAACGAGCAUCUGAGAGACCCCCCGGCCUCAUCACCAGGCACCCAGCGACCACAGAAGAACCGCAGUCAAAGGCUUCGCGAUGCUGAGGCUGCAAAGCUCCCCGCGGGCCACCGCUGGGACCAGACCAACACCAUUCUCAUCGACGACAGCAAGCUCAAGGCUUCCAGCGAGCCGUUCAAUAUCCUCGAGAUCCCGGAGUUCAACGGUGAUCCCAGUAUCGAUGAGACGAAACUCUUUACUAAGGUCCUUACCCGCCUUGAUUAUCUCGCCCACCACGACGACGUGAGCAAGGUCCUCCGCAUCUGGAACGAGCGCGUAGACAAGGGCGAGGGCAGUAUCCUCGAAUUGGAUAUCGGGGUCCAUGAGGAUUCUGUUGACAGCGAGGACGGCGGGACGAGUCUCCUCCCACAGCAGUUGAACGACGACUCUAUUGGCGACCUUAUCACAUUUGAUGGUGCCAACGAUGUCCCUGCUCCUACAACAGCCAAGCCCAAAAAGAAAAAUAAGAAGGCGAAGGCAAGAGAAAAAGCAGCCGCAAAUAAUAUACCCCCGAACACUGCAGCGACAACACCCGCAACGGCCAGAGAGCAAAAAUCGGAAACCAAAAUGUCCCGCAAGGCGCGCAAAAGAGCCAGAGAGGCCGAAGUCGCCGCCGCAGCCGCCGCAGCCGAAGCAGAAUACCGAAAGACACACGGGCUUCCAACGCCGAGUUACAAUAACGUAAAGAGCGACAAAGCCGUCGCCAGCAUCGAACCAGAAGCGAAGAGCCAAGUCCAUGCUCAAAUUGGAAAAAGCGAGAAAGCACUUCGCCGCAGACAGAAGGCCAUGAACAGAAUGGCCCAGUGGGAAGUUGAUCUGCCCACACCUCCUCCUGGGUCUCAGACCGCACAGGAAAGAUAUAACUUCCGAAAACGGAGUGUUGCUGCUCCUAUGCCCCAGCUUAAUGCUGAAUCUGCCUCUGCUUCUGGACCAGCAUUCGAAUCCGCAUCUGCCGCUGCCCACGCCGCGAAUGCCGCUCGCAUCGUGGCAGGACAAUCACCUGAGUACCUCCCUCCCGACGCGGACUUGACUGUCGGUAUGGAAUUAGAUGUUGAUGAGUACGUUCCGCCGGAUGUUGUGACGGGAACUAAGCAUACCCGGUCGCCUUCGCCUGCUUCGUCGGCUGAGUCGAGAAAUUCGCUGCUUGAUCGUCUUGAGGAGGGGCUUGGGUUUAGGCCUGUGAAGCGUUGA